GUACAAAAAGUGCAGUACAUGGACGUUAUUAUAACUUAGGUAAAUUUUUUCGUACUAUUUUAUUUCAUUGCAGGCCAUAGCAGGACGAGUGAUCCAGUAUUAUCGGUAUCUUUGGAUUUUGAAGGCAGUGAGCUGUCGAAAUCUGAUUGGACAACGCAUACCUUCAGAUUUUUCACACCUACAGUGGCGAGAGAAAACUAAGAUUGGAGAGGUCGGGAGUUCAGUGACAGCGUGGUGGUGGUGUUGAUUAAGUGCCUUUGAUGCAUGUAACGUUCUACAAUGGCUCGUUGGCAAGUUCUGGUGCCAGUUUUUCUGUUUUUCUACGUUGUUGCUGCGGAGGGUGAUCAAAAGAAAGGCCCUAAAGUAACAGACAAGGUAUGGUUUGACAUAAAGAUCGGAGAGGAGAAUGUGGGCAGAAUAGAGAUUGGUCUGUUCGGUAAAACUGUUCCAAAGACAGUUAAGAAUUUUGUUGAGCUCGCACAAAAGCCUCAAGGUGAAGGUUACAAGGGAAGUAAGUUUCAUAGAGUGAUUAAAGACUUCAUGAUACAAGGAGGUGAUUUUACCAGGGGUGAUGGAACUGGAGGUCGAAGCAUCUAUGGAGAUAAGUUUGCUGAUGAAAAUUUCAAGCUAAAGCACUAUGGAGCAGGUUGGCUCUCAAUGGCCAAUGCAGGAAAGGACACAAAUGGCUCUCAGUUCUUCAUCACCACAAAACAAACACCAUGGCUUGAUGGGAGGCAUGUUGUAUUUGGAAAAGUGUUGAAGGGAAUGGAUGUUGUCAGGAAGAUUGAAUCCACACCUACGGAUGCAAGAGACAGGCCAAACCAAGAUGUUGUUAUAGCAGACUCUGGUGCAGAAACUGUGUCUGAACCCUUUUCAGUGACUAAGGAAGAAGCGACCGAAUGAAGAUGUGUAAGUGGAACUCGAGGUGAAAGAACAUCACAGAAGCAGAAGUUACAGUGAACUCGGUGGGCAGGUCAUUCCAGAAAUGUUUGUUAAAUGAUCUUUGUAUAACUUGGAACUUUUGUGUGUCUGUUUCUACAAGUGGAGAAUAAAGAUUUUUUUAUAAACAGAG